AUGCCCUCCGUGGAACCUCCAACGCUGGCAACGCACCUCCUUACAGCGCUGCUUCCCCCGGAGCUCGCCGAUUCUAUCCAAAAGCACAUCCUGCACCCACGCUCGCCCGUCCAAAUCAUCGCGCGCAACGUCCUCGACCAAGCGCAGAGUCUUCUCGACACGGCCGCGCCUCUUCUUGAGCCUCUAUUUGAUCGUGUCAUGAUAUUGCUAGCAGAAAACCAAGGCCUCGUCGGUGUGAUUGCAUCGCUGGUUGUCCUUGCUACUGUUGUAAUAAUUCUCAAUUGGAUUCGUCGUCUGCUCAUGUGGUGGACGCGCAUGGCUAUGCGCAUCGCGACUUGGGCUUUUCUCCUUGCUCUUGCAGCGUGGAUCUGGGAGCGUGGUGUCUUCGAGAGCGCAAGGGAUAUGGCUGUCAUGGGCGGCAAGAUCGUGGGAUACCUGGCUGCCAUCAAGGAUGUUUGGCUGCAGGAGUAUGAUCGCUACGAGGCGCAACAGGGCAUGGCUGGGACCAGAGGCACGGCUUCCGGACGGCGAUCGAGAUAA